CCGACCGGCAGCUAGCUGUCACCCGCGGAGAAGGGCAGGACAUGGGGCUACAAGUUAAACACUUAGACAGUUAUGUAUGUAUUGUAGCUUGUUAGGAACGUACAAGGACGUUGUUGUUUUCUAUGUAACCCGUUACCCACCCGGUUUCCUUCUUCUCCCGUUUAGCAGUCCGUCUGUUUCGAUAUCUUUGCCACAGACAGGCUAGCUAACCGGCUAACCAGCUAGUAAGUGCAUCCAUCCGUUAACACAGCGAGUUGUGAUAGAAAGCCUCCGCAUGGCGUUAAUCCUGUUUACGAGGUCUCGCGCACCUUUAAUGAAAACAUCCAGGUCGUUAAAGAACGAAUUCAGAAAAGGCAAAGGGAAACUACAAGAUGGUGCCUGUUUCAACUGCACAGCACUCAGACUCUCCAGUCAAAAACUCGAAGAGGUCCGACUUGGCAGUUUGGCCGGCGUCUCUUCAUUCAGCCCUUCCUCCUUCUUGUCCGAAGGCUAUGUGGGCCCCUGCCAGAGCACGGACUCACAGCGGCUGUACUGCGCUAUUGUAUUGGGGGCCUCCACUUCACCGUACCCUGCAAUCACAACGGGGGCCCAAUGGACAAUAGCACGGCCACAGGACAUCGCCGGCGUCCGGUGGAUACACACCACGAGACGGAGGUGGGACGACUCCAAGGUGGAGAAGUCUCUGCGCUCGCUGAAGGACAAGAACAAGAAGCUGGAGGAAGGAGGGCCGGUGUACAGCCCGACGCUGGACGCCGAACCCGUCAGGAGGACGCUCAGACAGCGGGUGUUAGACGAAAUCAAACACUACUACCACGGUUUCAGGCUGCUGUGGAUCGACACCACCAUUGCUGGGCGAAUGCUGUGGAGGGUGCUGAACGGACACCCCCUGUCCCGCCGCGAGAGGAGACAGUUCCUCAGGACGUGUGCAGAUGUUUUCAGACUGCUUCCCUUCCUGGUGUUCAUCAUCGUCCCCUUCAUGGAGUUCCUCCUUCCCGUCGCCCUGAAGCUCUUCCCCAACAUGCUGCCGUCCACCUUCGAGACGCAGUCAAAGAAGGAGGAGAGGUUGAAGAAGGAGCUGCGGGUCAAGCUGGAGAUGGCCAAGUUCUUGCAGGACACGGUGGAGGAAAUCGCUCUGCGGAACAAGGCUGCCAAAGGAAACGUGACAGAGGAGUUCUCCACCUUCUUCCAGAAGAUCCGUGACUCCGGGGAGCGUCCCAGUAAUGAGCAGAUCAUCCGCUUCUCCAAGCUGUUUGAGGAUGAGCUGACCCUGGACAACCUGACCCGACCCCAGCUGGUGGCGCUGUGCCGUCUGCUGGAGCUCCAGUCCAUCGGGACCAACAACUUCCUUCGCUUCCAGCUCAUCAUGAAGCUGAGGGCCAUCCGUGCUGAUGACAAGCUGAUUGCGGAGGAGGGCGUGGAGAGUCUGAAUGUCAACGAGGUCCAGGCCGCCUGUCGCGUCAGAGGGAUGAGAUCUCUGGGAGUGACCGAGGACCGGCUGAGAGAGCAGCUCAGCCAGUGGUUGGAACUGCAUCUGAACCAGCACAUCCCGACAUCCCUGCUGCUGCUGUCCCGGGCCAUGUACCUCCCUGACACGCUGUCCCCUGCCGACCAGCUGAAGACCACCCUGCAGAACCUGCCGGAGAUAGUGACGAAGGAGGCCCAGAUGAUGGUGGCCGAGAUGGAGCUCUCCAAAGUGGACAAUAAGACCAAGGUGGAGACGACGCUGCAGGAGGAGGCGGCCAUACGCCAGGACAACAAGGACCGCGAGAUGGAGAGGCUGGCUGACGCGGCAGAGAAGGCUGCCAGGGAUGGCGAGUCCGAGCUCGAUGCAGAGAAGACGGCCCAGACUCAGGCAGCUGCAGAGCCGCUGGUGUCCAACAUUAACGUCCAAUCAGAGAUCCUGAAAGACACGGCACCUGUUCUCGAGGGACUGAAGUUUGAAAAGUGGCAGAGGUUCCUGCGUUUCCAGAGUGAGGAAAUCACCAAAGAGGAGAUCGACAUGUUGAGCGACGCCUGUUCAAAGCUGAAGGAGCAGAGGAAACUGUUGACUCUGGAGAAAGAGGAGCUGGAGGAGCUGAAGGAUGAUGUCCAGGAAUACAACGAGGAUCUGGAAGAGAUAAAGAAGGAGCUUUCCAAGACGGGCCAGGAGAAGGCCAUAGAGGAGUCCAAAGCCAGCCAGCGGCUCUCCAAGAGAGUCAACCGCAUGAUCGGUCGCAUCGACAAGAUCAUCGGGGAGCUGGAGAAGGACAAGGUGGUGCUGGACGGGCAGAUGGACAGUGGAGCCACCCCGCCUGUCGGUCUGUUCUACACCUUCAGGGAGAACCUCAUCAGCAUCGACGAGCUGAUCAGCGUCAUGCGGCAGAUCCAGAACAUUCCAGAGCACAAGCUGCAGAGCAUCGCCGACGCCCUCGACGACAACAAGGACGGCAAGAUCGACAUCGACGACGUCAUCAAAGUGGUGGAGCUGAUCGACAAGGAGGACAUCGACAUCACCACCAGCCAGGUGGCCGACAUCAUGGUGAUGCUGCAGAAGGAGGAGAAACUGAUGGAGAAGGAAAAGGCCAAAGAGAAGGCUGAGAAGGAGCAGGCAGCUAAAUUCAACAGCUAACUCAUUUCCCAGAAAGUCGGGGUUCAUGUAAAAAGAAACAAAACAAAACAAAACAAAAAAAAGACUGUUGAGAAGUUGGUGGCUGGAGUCGCGCCAGUCUCAGAAAGCUCUGGACACCAGACCAAACUGGACAAACUGGUGGAGCCAAGAGAGAGUCUGAGGUAACGGCUGCCUUCUCAAAAUGUUGUUCCAUCAUGAUUAGGGCACUUGUUAAUUUGUUUAAAAGACAAAAAAAAAAAAAAAAAAAAGGUGUAGAGCCUUUUAGAUGCACAAAUUCAAAGAGAAGCUAAAAUUGCCAUCAUGUUUAAUAACCCUUUUGGAAUGAUUAUGUAUAUAUUUGGUUUGUUUAAUAUUACUCAGCUAUUUAUUAUAAUGACAUGGAACCCUGGUUCUCUUACCUUCAAGUCGCUGAAAGAAAUUAAUCAUAAUCAGAUUUGGAAAGUAUAUUGGGAGAUAUAUGGUUUAGGUUUGAGGUGAACCAUCUUGCCUUUCAUUUCAUUCAUGCAAUCAUCUCAGAGAAAUGAGAGUUCAUUUCUCAAAAUUUGCACACUAAAACCACAUUCAUCACCGUCAUUCCACUCGGUUUCUUUUCCUCUUUGAUCUUGUUUGAUUUAUCCUGCAACAGUAUCUUUUUCCUUUUUUUUUUUUUUUUUAAGCGCCUCAUAUUCAUAUGUAGUAAAGUGACUACUGUUAUUUAUUUUUGAAUGUAAUGGAUGUAGCUCAUGUUGGCUACGGGACGUUUAGAUGGUGGUUGCAACCAAAGACACCAUAAGACAAAAGACAAGAUAUAUUCAAAUUCUUGAGGCUGUUAAUGAAGAGGUGAAUUCCAAAAUGCAGAACAUCCAUUUUGGGAAAAAAAAAAAAAAAAAUUUGUAACAUGAAGUUCAUCAUUCAAUACCUCUCACGUAGAAAUAGAGGACCCACGCUAUGAAAGUGUUUUGCUUGCCAAGGACUGAAGUUACCUGCUAUCAAUAUAAUUGUAUAGAAAUUACCACAAUGUACCUUAAUAUCUUUUCAUUUUCACUUUGCACCCAUUAAUUUAGUAGCUUUUUUGUCACCGUUUUGAAACAGCAGACAGCUCAUUUCGGAGUGGAUCUCUUCAUGUAUAUAUAUAGCUGUACAUUCAGUACGGCUCUCCCUAGCAUGCCAAAGUUGCACUGUGGCACAUUUGUCAGAAAAAAAAUUGGAUUAUCCCUAAAAAAAAUAAUAUAAUUCAUAAUAACAAUCCAGUGGAGCCUGACCGAUACAGUAUAUUAUUAGCAGUGGAGAUCAUAGUCAGGACUGGAGCGUUAACACCAGCCGCUGAUAAAAUAUUGGCCGGUUGUGGCUGCUCUCCCAGUUUCUACGACAGGAAGUAGCAGUUUGGAGGAAGUUGUGUGUUAGGGAGUGAAAGUGGCAUUUGGCGGCCACCGUGGGCAUGGGAACAAAAAGCUAGUUUCCUGCCCUGUGCAUAAAUUAGAAGAGCAGGAGGAGGAGUGUGAGACCGGCGGUAUAUUUGAACUCCAUCAUUUUAAUACAGAGUGGCCUUGUCUUGACCCAAAUAUUAUGCAUCAUAUGCUGUUGCGUAUUUGUUUUUUAGUAUUUUAACCAGAUGCUAUAGCUACGAUGUUCCUUUCACUGGGGAUUUACUUGAUGUAAAUUAGUGUUUUAAGUGACACUAUGGACUGCAGAAAAAGUGUGUGAGAACUGAGUUGGAGAUUAGGCGUUUUGUAUACUAGAUGCAUAUUCUAGAUCCUCAUUUAUCUCUGCACUGCAGCCGUGGAUCUGCACAGGGUGCAAGCAGCAAAUUCCCCAGGACAAAGAGAUAAUUGGAGACGUUUUUGGAGUUGACUACCCUGCACUAAAUUCAUCCCAUUGCAUCUGUGUCGUGCAGCUACGAAGCUUUGAACCUGCAAAUUGUGUAUUUUUCGCUGCUCCGGCGUUGCCUCUCUUAAUGUUAAAACAGCUAGCUACUGUAGCAAGCAUCAAUUAGGUAGCAUUUGAUCACUUCAGGUUCACCAGCGACCCCAGCAAUGGACGCAAAACCACUCAGUAUUGAUUUUGAGUCUUUCCAAAUAAAAAUCCAUUCUUUCACGUAGCCAGGCGGAACAAUUUUAGAGUGAAACAGAAUCACACUGGAAGGAAAACAAGCUUGGAAAUCUGAUCAGCUGUUGUUGGUGACUGUUAAAGGUCUCAGGCUUGUUGAGGGUCCAGACAUCGAUCAAGUUUCCCAGGAUGCUCAGUCCUAUCAGAAAUCAAUGGACCUAUAGCGAUUUUGUUGAUGGUGUGUCUCUCAGUGUUUGCACACAGGGAGGAGUCGACGCUCCUCUCGUCAGGCGAUCAUGACUCUUGAACUGCAUUGAACUCUGGGUAUUCUGUGCUCGUGGCCCGCACAUUAACAUGAGCCGUGUCCGGGUGUAAAUGAGGAAGACAAAGUGGCACUCGAGAUAACGCGAGUGGACAAACCCUGCGUUAAAUCCAUUCCCGGAAUCCGCUGUCUCGUGUUUGGAUGAUGAAGCGGCCGUUCGUCUCCCGUCAGGUGCCGUCCCAGUUCAGGGCCUCGCCUGGGACCAGUCAGCCUGAUGGGCGCAGGGUAAACACUCACCCCAUACAUGGGCCAAAGCCAGCCACACUGGAGGGUUGUGUUUAGGUUAGAGACGCUCCGGCAGAACGUGGCACGCUCGCUGCCGCAUAAAUCAUCAGCCAGUGUAAACACUUCAGUACGUGUGGAGAGGAACGCCGUGACAAGCUCCUGGUUGUCUCCUGCUGCCUGACAGGGUUUCUGGGAGAAGGGGGGGGGGGGUGCAGAGCGGGGCGGCGGCGGGGGGUGGGGUGUGUAUGUCAGCAGCACUGCCACUGUUUCUGGGCACAGUGGAGUCAAAGGUCAGCGAAGCAAAAGGCAUGUCAGUGUUGUGAAGUGAUGCACACCAGUGAAUGUGAGUCUGACUGAAAUCAGUAACCAGGGUUCCUGCGUGGGUCUGUUGAGUCGGGAAAAUGUGAAAAAGGCAUCCAAAUUCACCCAAAAACGUUUUUUUUUUUUUUUUUUUAUGGAUUGAUUAAUUGCACCACACAACGCUGUGCUGUGAAAAGUUCUGGAAAAAGAAUUUAAAUUUGAAAUGGGAAGAUCUGUAGGAACCCCGACGCCAGCACUGACAAAGCAAUGCGCACUGUGUUUUCAUGGCUGACUGGAAUAAGUAAUUUACUGAGGCUCCUCCGAACGCCCCAGAAACAAAGGCUUUCGACAGCUGUGUGUUUGUCGCCGGCCCUCUGUGGCUGCGGCGCGAGGUGUCGAGCAGAGGUCACGGCUCACCGCUGGCAGCACCGCCGCACCUUCCCGCUGCUCGUGUUUAUCAGCUUGGCUCGUCAGGCCGCUGCGGUGUUUGGAUAAAAGUGUUGAUGCUACCCAAGAGAGGAGAGGAGCAGCAGCAGCUUGUACCAAAAGCUCUGACAGUGAAUUUGAGUUUGUCGUAUUUGCUUGUCAUUGUUUUCCCGAAUGGUUUCACAAGGAAACCAAAAAGGCCGAUAAUGAAAAGACAACAGUUUGUUUUGCCUUGCUUUCAUCUUCUGAUGAACUCUUUAUUACAUUAUAGAUGAGUCAGCAGAGAAAAAAAGGCUAGUUUUAGUUUUCUGUCCCAGUACUUUCACUCUUGUCUGCCGACUAGUCCCUCUGUGUAAAUGCACUAUGUAAUUAAUUUCUGAAAGGUGUUUGUUAACUCUGUGGACUCAGGGUGUGAAUGUUCAGUCUGAUGUGGUUGGACCAGCGUUGCCGUGGCAGGGAGCUGACAGAGUGUGUUGUGUUUUACCUUACGAGCCGUCCCAAAUGAUUUGUUUGAAAAGCCUAAUCAUGGAUCUGACGUGUACUAGAAGUACCAAUAUUUAAAGCAAUAAGCCGUUUAUACAUCAUGUACCUUAGGUACAUGUGAUUUUUCUCUCUCUUUUCAUUUUGAGGUGGAACAAGUGUGCACAAUUAUGUGUUUCAUUUUUAAAAUGUAUUUUGUAAUAUAUCUGAAAGGGAAACAGAAUCCACACGCUGUCAGUAGAAAUGAAGAUGUCCAAACAAAAAAAAAAGACUUUAAUUCAUAAAUUGAGUAACAAAUAAAUUCUCCUGUCAUCCUGACGGUGUGUGGAUGCUUUCUCUUCCUGAUAUAGGGCUGAUAUAUUGCUUAUUUUGCAAUUAAUGCACCUGUAGUUGGCCAUUAUAUGGACUUGUUUUCUUAAUAUAGCACAUGUGCCCCGUUUUCUUCUGAAAUGUGUACUGCACCAGCCCUUUGUUUUUAAUCAGUGGAGGAAUGGAUAUUUUUGUAGAAUAUAUUAGACGAUUAAUAGAGAGUAGAGUUUAGGUGGCGAGCAGAGGGCAGCUGUGAGAAAGAGUUGAAGACCAGCAACAUUUUUAACACUGAUGGAGCUUAAAAUCAGGGAAACAUGACGUGGAGUCUGUCUGCUUUGUGAAGGAAAAGUUCAGACAUAUCAUCGGGGGUUCCUACGCAGCUGCAGAAAGUUGUUGAUGUAUAUGACACAACCCCCCACAUUUACAGUCUAAAAAUCUAAAAUACUAAAGCAUAUGUAGGAACCCUAUACUGUGUUUUGUGAGAAGAAAAUAAAACGAUAAAAAAAUUCCCACUAGUUUUGAAAGGCAAUGCGGCUUGUUGCACUAACGAUCACGUAAUAUUUUUGAAAAUUAUAUCCAGAAAUAUUUGUCAUUGACCUAAUGCACGAUUUAGACUAUUGUAGUUUGUUUUGGAAGAAGUGUCAUGUUAUUUAUUUAUUUAAUCAGUCUUCAAAGGAUAUCUUCUUUUUUUUUUUUUUAUCAUGUAUCCAAAUGUGGAGACAUUCUGCAGGAAAUUACCGGGUACUGGAUUUGAUUUUAGUUAAACUUGAAAUCUGAAUUUCAGAUGUAUGAAAUGCAGCAGGUUUUUUUUCCUUCUCUCUUUUUUUUUUUUUGACACAAAUCAAGUAUUUAUGUAUUAAAAACAACAUAAUUUACAUAAGUGACUCAUAAAAUUUGAAUAAACUCAGGAUGGAUGGUCCUGGAUUGAUUGUGUUAACGUU